CACGAAUCGGGUUCCGGCAGCUACUUAAAGCGGCGGCGCGGCGGCGCUGGGAGUCCGCGGCGGUAAAUGGCGCUUCUCGGUAGAGUGGCGCUGGUGACCGGCGGAGCGCAGGGGAUCGGGAGAGCUGCAGUCGAGAGCCUGCUGGAGAACCAUGCUAAGGUUGCUCUGGUAGACCUGAACCAGUCGGUCGGAGAGGAGUGUAAGAAAGAGUUGGAUGAGCAGUAUGGACAAGACAACUGUAUCUUCAUCCAGUGUGACGUCACGGAUGGAGGAAAGCUGCAAGAGGCGUUCAGGGGCACGGUGGAGCGCUUUGGAAGGCUGGACAUCGUCAUCAACAAUGCCGGAAUCAACAACGAGAAGAACUGGGAGAAGACCAUCGAGGUGAACCUGACGUCUGUUAUUAAAGGCACAUAUUUAGCUCUGGACCACAUGAGCAAGGAGUAUGGCAAGGAAGGAGGGGUCAUCAUCAACGUCUCGUCCAUGGCAGCAUUCCUUCAUUCCCCUUAUCAGCCGGUCUACACGGCCACCAAACACGGCGUGAUCGGCUUCUCCAGAUCCCUGGCGGACGCAUCGGAGCAUUGCAACUACGGAGUGAGGAUUAAUGUCCUGUGUCCAGCCUUCGUGGACACGCAGCUCCUCCUUAGCGUCGAGCGUGAAGAAACCAUGGGCAAAUUCAUUAAAUACAAAGACGAUUUAAAGCAGAAGAUGGACAAGUUCGGGGUUUUAAAGCCAUCUCUGAUCGCAGAGGGAAUGAUGCGCCUUAUAACAGACGAGAGCCUCAACGGAGCCGUGAUGAAGAUCACCUGCUCUAAAGGGAUUCACUUCCACGUGUACGAGCCUCUGUCAGCCUGAACCAGCACUUAAUCAGCUGCUCUCUCGGCUCAGGGCUCUCAUUCAGCAGCUUGUCCAGACUGGUCUCCAGAACAAUCCGAGAUCAGCACAGAUGUGCCCGGGAUUCCUGAAGACGUUGGCUGUUGCAA